GCCACACAGCUCCCAACCGCCUUCUGCACGAAAACAAACGCCCGUUGAUCAGCUGGACAGACAGCGAGACAGCGAGACAGAGAUAGCACAGAGGAGGGAAAGGAAGGGGCAAGCGUUACGUGGCGUUUGGUUUCGCUUGACCCCGAACUGUUUUCACGGCGAGGAUUUUCUUGACUAAGUGGCGAUAUAUAUAAAAUAAAAAAUUAUAUCUAUGUUAUUGAAUACGCGUUCAACAAUCAAAGAUGUGCUAGUCAUUCUUCAAACCAACCCAUUUUUGUGUCUUUUGGUCCCUCUUCCCUGCCUUAAUUGCGAAGGAAGCACCACUUCAGCACCGGGAAAAAGGUAGUAGAACUGAUUCAUACUGAAUGACAUAUUUGGAAAUCUACAGCCUUUUGAUUCUUCAAUUGGCGCAGAAAGCACAGUUUGAAGAUUGAAUUUCUGGGUUUUAAGUUAUUGCGCGGAAACUUGUAGUCUGAGUCUUGAAUUACUGAUUUUAACAUUGGGAUAUGGGUGAGUUUGGAUUCUUUGCGGGGUUCGUGAUAGAUGAUGAUUUUGGGAGAUAGGAGGCUUUUAGCUGUGGGGGGGUUUUGUGAUUGUUGUGCCAUGGGCUGCAUAUGCGGUAAGUCGUCAGCAGCUAUCGCGAAUAGCAGGGAAAGCCCAAGGGAGAGGCUGUCGAUUAAAGGGUCUUCAAAGGGGCAGGAGAGCUUUCGAUUGGAGAGGAUAUUGGAGAGCUGUGGUUCAGGAGUUGCUCUGAUUGAGGAGAAAGCAAAUGGGUCAUACCGCUUUUGCGAUAAUUCUGUUGACGAGGAGAAGAAGACCAAGAAGAACAGGGAGAAGUCUGAAGAUGCAGCGGUCGCCGCCAGUUUUCGUCGUAUUGUAAGCAUUCCGAAGGCUACGGAAGGGGAGCAGGUGGCGGCGGGUUGGCCUUCGUGGCUUGCUGCGGUGGCUGGUGAAGCUAUCAGUGGAUGGGUGCCGCGGCGGGCUGAUUCCUUUCAGAAGCUAGAUAAAAUAGGCCAAGGAACUUAUAGUAAUGUUUACAAGGCUCACGAUAUCAUCCACAAGAAAAAUGUUGCUUUGAAAAGAGUAAGGUUUGAUAAUCUGGAUCCUGAAAGCGUAAAGUUUAUGGCGAGGGAGAUUCUUGUUUUGCGUAGGCUUGACCAUCCAAAUGUAAUUAAACUAGAAGGCUUGAUCACAUCCAAGAUGUCUCGGAGUUUAUACCUUGUUUUUGAGUAUAUGGAACAUGAUCUUGCUGGACUUGCAUCAUGUCCUGGCAUCAAGUUCACAGAACCCCAGGUCAAGUGUUACAUGCAUCAACUUCUUAGUGGACUAGAACAUUGCCAUACUUGUGGCAUUCUACAUCGCGACAUAAAGGGUUCAAAUCUCCUAGUCAACAAUGGUGGCAUCUUGAAGAUUGCAGAUUUUGGUUUAGCAAGUUUUUUUGAUCCUAAUCAUAGUGUUCCAAUGACAAGCCGUGUUGUGACACUUUGGUAUCGGCCCCCAGAACUCUUACUUGGAGCCUCUGAGUAUGGAGUUGCAAUUGAUCUUUGGAGUACUGGUUGCAUACUUGGAGAGCUAUACUCUGGCGAGCCUAUCAUGCCAGGAAGGACAGAGGUUGAACAAUUGCAUAAGAUUUUCAAGCUAUGUGGCUCACCAUCAGAAGACUUUUGGAGAAAGGCAAAAUUACCUCUUUCAACAGUGUUCAAGCCUCAGCAAACUUAUAGGCGAUGUGUGGCAAAAGCAUUUAAAGAUUUUCCUGCUGCUGCUGUAAAGCUUUUGGAUACUUUACUUUCCAUUGAUCCCUCACAACGAGGAACUGCAGAAUUUGCUCUCAAGAGUGAGUUCUUUACCACAAAACCACUUGCAUGUGACCCUUCAAGUUUGCCCAAAUAUCCUCCCAGCAAGGAGUUUAAUGUGAAAUUGCCGGAUGAAGGAGCUGAAAGGCGAGGAGCAAAGGGCGGCUGGGGCCUGAGGCAACUAGAGAAAAGAAGCUGGAGGAAAUCUCGGGCAAUUCCAGUGCCUGAUGCUAAUGUUGAGUCAGUUGUGUCAAUGCAGAAAAGAAAUGGUCAUUCGCAUGCAAAGAGUCGAAGUAAAAUGCUCAACCCUCAUGCGGAGGAUACUGCCUCUGGUUUUCUUAUAGAUCCACCUAGACGAUCGGAUGUUGUUAUAGAUGUGAGUAAAGAUCUGCCAGAGCGUCUUCAUAGGAAAUCAUCACAUUCAGGGCCAUUGGUUCAUGGAGCUGGAUGGAAAAAGGUUGGGAAGAAGUUUGAUGAUGUUCCGAGAGUUUCAAGUGGCUCGAAUGGUUUGGUAGCAACUAGUAUUUCCUGCUCUGACGAUCAAGGAGAACCCAGCGGUGCACAAUUAGAAUCAACAAAGCAAAAGGGCAGAUUGUCGUGUUCACUCAUUGAAAUGGACCCUGCAAGAAUGCAGAACCGAAAUUGUCAAAUGCAGACUUUUGUACGAUCCUGUCAGAUGGAAGAUGGAAAAUCCAAUGCUAGAGUACCAGAUGUGCCCAGUCACGAGUCCAAGGGAAACAAGAUCUACUUCUCAGGGCCAUUAUUUGCUCCAUCAAACAAUGUUGAUCAAAUGCUUAAGGAUCAUGAUCGCCGCAUCCAAGAAAUUGCUCGAAGAGCACGACUUGACAAGGCAAAAUAUGGGAAAGUUCGGGCUCAAGGAAGAAAGACAACUGCCAAUUCAACACUCAUCUCUAGUCGUGGAACUGGAUAAUUCAGUUCACUCAUAAGCAGGCAAAAUAGGGAAAGGGGGAGGAAGAGAAGUGGUAAUGAGGUCUUUUCUUAUCUUUGUAUAAAGCUUGUUUAUGAGGAUUCUCUUUGGUUUACUCGUGUUUUACAGCAUAAAGAUAAAUGACUCACUCUAAAGUGAGCAGUGCAAAUGCUAUCCCAAGUAUAAGAAUUCUAUCG